AUGGACGCUGAUGAAUUUCGACAACGAGGUAAAGAAAUGAUUGAUUUUAUUGCUGAUUAUUUAACAAAUGUUCGAACACGACGUGUUUUUCCAAAUGUUAAACCUGGUUAUAUGCGUCCUAUGAUUGAUGAUGAAGCACCAAGACAAGGUGAAUCAUGGGAUAAUAUUUUUAAUGAUAUUGAACGAGUUAUUAUGCCCGGUAUUACACAUUGGCAAUCUCCUUAUAUGCAUGCCUAUUUUCCAGCUUUGAACUCCUAUCCAUCUUUACUUGGAGAUAUGUUAGCAAAUGGUUUAAAUCAAUUAGGAUUUACAUGGAUUAAAGAAUAA